AGCUUGCUAAAACCAGCGUGUUGAAUCCUUCGCUUUUCCCGUUUUAUUAUUUAAGUAAACGGCGUCUUUCUACCAUUUGACAACCGACAUUUUUUAGCUUGCUGAUAAAUAAGGCGUUGAUGAGUGGACUACCAAACUGCUAACGCUUUAAUUAUCAAACAAAGAAAAUAUGGACGUGAGCCAGAACAUCCAGCAGGAGAACAGGUGUGGAACCUUGUUCGGCUACAGCAUUCACUGGCAGGUACAGGUGGGUGAGCGCUGGCUGGCUGACCGGUUGCCCCGCCCCCCAAGUUCCUCCAGGGGUCCCCAUCUGUCUCCCCCCCGCACCUCCCUCGCUCCCCCCACACCUCCACCGCUCCUCCUCACAUCUCCGCCGUCUCUCCUGCCACAUGGCAUCGGUCCCUCGUCGAGUCUGGUCCAUUCUUCGUCAGGCGUCGCUCAUGCUCGCUCGCCAUCACACGCUGUGCCUGUUGUCUUACCACAAUGAGUGGGAGAAUAGCUGCACCCAUAAUCCUUUGCUGUACAAGGUUUUUGGCAAGGGUGCAAGCCAAGUACAAAUCGUCCACAGGUUAUUAUUCUGCUGUAAUGUUACACACUCCAACUGGAAAUGUGAAAUGUACCUCCAGCACAUGUUCAUGUGGCCACGGCUUUAACGGGAAAUAGUGGAAGCUUCGGUCUUCCCCUGGUCCU